AUGGAUGCAGUGUUCCAGGUUACUCUUCUCUGGUUGCACAGAUUUGGGAGCUGGGGCUUUAUUGAAGUCAAGUCUCGGUGAGCAGGCAAUGCAGGAGACAUGUGGCCCCCCCACUAUGCCCACCCUGGUCCCCCAGCUCUGCACAGGGCAGGAAAGGUGCCAGGGCUGCUGCUGACAGCAUCGCUGUCCCUGUGGGUGCCCAAAACCACACCCUGGGCUGUGCCCAUGCUCCUCACGCCAAGCAGGUGACAAUCCCGCUGGGCGCAUCCUGUUUGUCACCACCGUGACUGUCUCACCACCUUGGGGAUGGCCGCGCUGGCUCGGAGCGUCCUGGUGACGGGGUCCAACCGUGGCAUCGGGCUGGAGCUGGUGAGGCAGCUCGCCGCCAGCCCCCAGGCCCCCCAGCACAUCUUCACCACCUGCCGGGCCCCCGAUGGUCCAAGAGGGAAGACCCUGCGAGAAUUAUCCGCUCAGCACCCCAGCAUCAGACUGGUCCAGCUAGACACAGUGGACCUGCCCAGCAUCCGCAGGGCCGUGCAGGUGGUGGAGUCUUGUCUGGAGGGCCAGGGCUUGAACCUGCUCAUCAACAAUGCCGGCAUCGGCUCGCACGCCACGCUGCAGUCUGUGGACUCGCAGGAGAUGCUCGCUGCAUUUGCCACCAAUGUGCUCGGGCCCCUCCAGGUUGCCAAGGAAUUCCUGCCACUCUUGGAGAAGGCGGUGAAAGGUGCACGGAAGACAAGGCUGAGCUGCAGCAGGGCUGUGAUCGUCAACGUGUCCUCCAAAGUGGGCUCCUUAGGGCUGUGCCUCAGGGUGCUGGAGGCCCCCAUGUACCCGUACCGUGCCAGCAAGGCUGCCCAGAACAUGGUGACCAGGUGCCUGGCUGCAGAGCUCAGGGACAGGGGGAUCUUGUGCACGGCGAUCCAUCCCGGCUGGGUGAAGACGGACAUGGGGACAAAGCAGGCACCCAUGACGGUGGAGCGCAGUGUGCAGGGCAUCCUGGCGGUGCUGGGCAGCCUCUCGCAAGAGACCUCCGGUGCCUUCCUCGACUGGGAAGGGAACAGCCUGCCCUGGUGA